AUGUCUAUCUCUACCCGUGCGGCUAAGAAAGCUAAAUUAGAGAGCUUACCUCAAUGUCCAUAUGGUAGUACAUGCUAUCGUAAAAAUCCUGAACACUUUAAGGAAUAUACUCACUCCGAUCCAACAUUGAUCUCCACAACAAGUACUACAACAGUCAAACCUGUUAAUAGCAAACCAUUAACGGUGUGUCCGUUUGGUGCUACGUGCUAUCGAAAGAAUCUAUUACACUUUGCAGAGUUUAGUCAUCCGUUUAAUCUCUUAAGCCCUAAUGAUGAUGACAGUGAUGAAGAAGAAGCAACAACAACAGCAGACAAGUCAAAUAAAAAUUCACAAGCCACUCCUGUUAGUAAAAAACGAAAAGCUGAAAGUGAAGACUCUGACAAUGGUGACAAAACAGAAGAAUAUGAUUCUGAUGACGAAAGUGCCUAUGAUGUAAAACUUGAAAAAACCUUUUCGAAGAUGAACGAUGAUGAAAAACGUUUAAUGAUUGAAAGAGCAUUUGAAUUGAAAGAAAAACUACAAGAAAAAUUGAAAAAAUCUCGUGAAGAAGCGGAAGAGCGAAAGAAAGAAGUAGAACAACUUCAAACCAAGAUCACUGAAGGUACCUUAUUGAUGGAAGGGGAAGAUGAAAUACUCAAAGGCACGAAAAUGAAAUAUUUUGAACUAUUUCCAGAGCGCAACUAUAAUCAAGGCUCGGCUGCCGAAGUGCAUUUUCGUUUGGCAGAAUCACAAUUUUAUCGGCUACUCAGCGGUUAUGCUACAGCAACAGUAACAAAAGUCGAAUAUGUCUGUAAUCCGGUGUUGAUCGAAAAGUUCAAUAAAGCACGCGAAGAACUAAAAGAAAAACGUGGCAUUGAAUAUUCCUAUCCUGUUUUGGCAUUUCAUGGUACAGCAGUUGCAAAUAUUCAACCGAUAUGUGAAACUGGUUUCAAAGUACCCGGUCAGAAAGGAUUCAAACAUGCUACUGACACUGGGUAUUAUGGACGUGGGACUUAUUUCAGUGAAUAUCCUGGUUAUUCAAUGGGAUAUAUCAAAGGUUCAACAAAACUAAUGUUGUGUCAAGUAUUACAAGGAAAAGUAUACAAAUGUAAUAAACUAAUCACCGGUGCUGGUCUUCAAGAUGGUUUCGAUUCACAUUGUUCACCUUGUCAGAAAGAAUUAGUCAUCUUUCGAAGCGAGCACAUUCUUCCUCAAUAUAUUGUUCACUACAAAGUCAACUCUGGUGAAUUUAGAUACACACCACAUGGAAUGGCCAAAGAAGUAAUACAGAAAAAGUUACAGAAAAUUGGAAAACUAUACAAAAAAGCACUCGCAGUAAAAGACGCACCAAUACUCAAUGGUUUUAAGUUUGCAUUUAUUGGACAAAUGGCUGAUACACCUAUCGCCAUGGAUACUCUUAUUCAGCGGUUUGGCGGACACGUUUGCAAAAAUGAACUCUCACAUGGAGCUAAGAAAACACCGAAAAAGUAUGCUACGUACGGGUUCAAUGGAAUUGGUACAUAUGAUCCACCAAAUCUCAUCGUUUGCUCGGUAGCUGAGAUAGAAGCACCGACACCGUCUGUGGAACUACAGGGGUACAAGAAUAUGGGUUUUACAACGUUUUAUCGAGAAGAUUUCAUCUAUGAUUCCAUUCUUGCUGGUGCAAUGAAACCCAUGCAAGAUUAUGAGCAUUUAUGA